GGAUGAUAGCUUGUGAUGCUUAUUUGUUUUGUCUUGAGGACGAAGAACUUUUAUCAGGCAAAAGGAUGUCAGGCUACAGAAAGACAUGGUUUUUCUCAGAUUAGUUUGCAACUCUUCAGAACUGAAAAUGUAAUAUCACAAACAACUUUCUGUUUUGUUGUGAAGAGAUUACAGGAGAGAAGAAAAACAAGAACAAAAUACUGUGUUUAAUAAAUAUUUAUAAAUGAACUGGGAACUCUAACAUGGUUCAUAAUGUUAUUGGGAAUUGAUUCAUUCAGCUGUAGAAAUUUUCAUGUUAACAAGUUGGAGAAUUAUUAUGUGUAAACAAAUAUGGAACUUCAAAUAGCAGAGGCAUCUGUUCUCAGUGUAGAUGGAGGUACAGAAGUUGCAUGGUGUGAAGAUGCUGGUAGGCAGUCAUCAGGAAACACACUGGAUCAUUUUGAUUCAAGACAUCGAAAGCGUGUUUUAACUGAAGGAGAUAAGGAAGACAGAAAGGGAAAACCUCGUAAGGUUCAACAGUCUAUUCAACAGUUAACCAUGGGGCAGUGGAAGCUAGUUGACAAAGAAACUUCGAGGAUUGUUAAUCAUAACAAGAAUAAUGGAGUUGCAGAAGUGUGUGUUGAUGACAAACAAAAUACAGAAAAGCACACUAUCAGAGAUGUUCAAAGUUUUUCUGUUCACAGUACUGGAAGAGCUAUUUACUCUGGUAGAGAACACAAUCUAUCUGAAUCAUCUGAGGAACUAACCAUGGAUACCUCUUCAGAAAGUGAAAAUGAUAUUGAUAUAGUCAGUUUGGUCACUUCAGUAGCAUCGGCACAAGUAAACAAAUCCCUUCCAAGUUCUCAGCCAGGCAGAAGUGCACAGUCUAACAAUAAUAGACAUCAGUUACAUAACAGUAAAAAGCCACAUGAACUGAUAAUGUCCAGCAGCAGGGCCAACAAUGAUUACCAUAGCACGGGUGGAACUUCUGAUAGUGUGGACAAAGCUAAUGUAACUUUACAGAAUACCAACAAAAGAGACGGACAAGGAUUGAGAGAUUGGCCAGCAGCUCAGAAUGUUCAGUUAGAUGAAGAAGUGAAUAGUGUUGAAGUUGUUAGCAUAGAAUCUUUACAGCCUUCUGGGUCUAACACAAAGGAAAUAGUUGAGGGAGACACUCAGCCAUUAGUGGAAGGUGCUGGAAACAACUUUAGACCAUCGCCUGAUUCUGGUGCUCCAGCUUUUACAAAAUGUAGAAGUAGAAAGCAACCUUCCAGUAGACCUGUUGUAAUUGACUUAACACAUUCAGAUGAUGAAAUGGUACAUUUAAAUUCCCCUUCUUCAUCUCGGAGAGUUAGAAACAACCUACAAACUCCUGCAAUGAACAGGUAA